ACCUGCCCUUCCAAACCCCACGCCAUCUUCAUUUUAUCCAUUUCGUCUCUCUCUUAGGGUUAGGGUUUCACGCUCUCUAGAGCUUGCUUUUUGUGUUUUUUUCUGGUUUCUCUGUCGCGGUUCUGUUCAAUGGCGCAGGAGGUGCAGAACGGAGGAGCGGAGAAGGUAGCGGCGUGCGAGGCCGCGGUGUUUUUCACGGCGGUGAAGCCGCGGGUGUUGGUUGAGGCUCCGAAGGCGAACGACGCCGUGCAGUUCUACAAGGCCGCGUUCGGCGCUGAGGAAGUCGGCCGUACCAUGCAUCCCAAGCGUAAGGCCGAGCAGGAGCUCCCUCAUGUCCUCUCCGCCCAGCUCAAGCUUGGUGGCUCUACUAUUCUCGUCUCCGACGUUUGCGUUGAUGACUCUGCUACUCCGGCCAAGACUGAGGGGACCGGAAUCACUCUCUGCCUGGAGACCGAGAACGUCGAGGCUGCCAUCGAGAAGGCCGUGAAAGCCGGAGCUGUUGCUGUAGGGGAGAUUGAGGAAGGUGAGGGUUCGUGCUGGGGCGGGCGCGUUGGGAAGGUGAAGGACCCGUACGGCCUCGUCUGGCUCAUCAGCACCCCAGCUAAGACCUGCAUUGACGUGGACGCCUGAUUCCCGUUGAUCUUGAUCUUAUCAACACCUGGCCUUCUCUUUUGCUGUCUUCGGUGCGACCCUCUUUAUCGGAAAAAGUUUCUAGCUCUAGGAUUAGGUGAUCAUAGGCGUUUAGGCCUAGUAGCUGUAGCCUCUGAUACGGCCAUGAUGAUGAAUCUGUCAUUUUGAAAAAAAAAAACAAAUAUCUCUUUGGACACCUGGCGGUUUACGACUGACUUGGUUUAAUAUUGACAGCAUCUUUUCGUUUUCA